AUGGAGUUAUCGGAGGAACACAAACGUGUCAUAAUUUAUUAUGAGUUUUUGUCCACACAAGACCCGAACGAAAUUUAUCGUCGGAUGGUGGACAGGUUGGGCAAUAAUAGCCCUGCUUACAGUACAAUCACCAAAUGGAUCCGACAUUUCAAACUCGGUGUACAGUCACUCAAAGAUGGCGAAAGAAAAGGUCCGGAAGUUACUAUAUCGACCCCUGAAAAUGCGGCCGCUGUCGAAAAGAUAAUAAGAGCAGAUCCAUGGAUCACAUACCGUGAGUUAGAGGAAAAGUCAGGCAUUCAUCGCACAACACUUAAAAAAUAUGCACUGAUUUGA